GUCGUUCUUCGGACCUUCAGUCGAAUACUUUGUGCAAAAAUGACUCCGAAAAGUUAUGAAGUAAAAUCUUUAGACGUCAUACAAACUGAUUAUCAAUCGUCUAAGACGCAAAAUGUCUCAACUAUUUCAUUGUCGGUUCAUGAUAGUGACAAGAACUCUCCUGUAGCUUUUGAAGAUGCAUUGAAGGAAACAGGUUUCGGAAAAGUGCAAAUCAAAUUGAUAAUCGCAACUUCUUUGGUGCUAUUUACCGUGCUAAAUGAGACAAUGGGAAUUUCUUACAUUAUUCCAGCAGCUCAAUGUGAUCUAGAUUUAAGUCUUGCAGACAAGGGAAUUAUGAUUGGAAGCUAUCCUUGGGGAUAUUUCGGAGAUACUCAAGGACGACGACGUUCUAUUCUCAUCUCGCUUGCUUUCUCCAUACUUUUCACCACCAUUUCUGUGUUCAUGAAAAACUAUAUAAUAUUUUUAAUCUGCCGACUACUUGUGGGAUUCUGUAUUGCUGGAUAUUCAGCUGCAGGCUACGCUUACAUUGGUAAAUAUUUAUCAUUCAUUUUAAGUGAAGUUAAUGAAAUUAAUAAGUUCGUUGUACAUAAAGGUGAAUUCAAUUCAAUUAAAAAUCGUGCUGCUGUUAUCAGCUGGGUGACUGUAUCAGUCGGGAUAGCAUCUGUCUAUCAACCAUCGCUCGCGCUUUGGAUUCUGUCAUACGAUUGGAGUUUUCAACUUUACGAUGGUUAUGAUUUUCGUCCCUGGCGACUUCUUUUGUUCUUAUAUGCAGCGCCUGGUAUAAUCGGUUUAAUAUUUAUGUACAUUUAUCCAGAAAGUCCAAAAUAUCUGCUUUCACAAGACAAGAAUGAAAAAGCUUUGAAAAUUCUUCAAUGGAUGUAUCGAACAAACAAAAACAAGCCAAACCAUGACGACCUAAAAGUGAAAUCUUUACAAUCGGAAACCGGUGAAGUUACUGGGAAGGAAUAUAAAGGAGUCAAAGCAUUUUUCAUGUCGUUGGUCAAUCAGACGUUUCCUUUAUUCAAACCACCUUAUUUGAUUCCUUUUGUCGCUUGCUGUUUUCUACAUUAUGGAACAUUUUCAGUUGCCGGUGGAAUGGCGUUGUUUCUUCCAGAUACAUUGAAUAAACUUUCCAAAAGUCGAGCAAAUGGAACAGAAAGUUCAUUAAAAGUUUGUGAUGCUUUAAGACUUGAUGACUCUUUGAACCAAGCAAAUGACUUAGACGAUGCUACAUGCGAUGAUUCAGUGGAUCCAGGAGUUUUCAUCGAUUCCAUUUAUAUCGGAUUAUUUUUCCUCUGUGGAUUAAUUGUAUUGGCUUCAGUUAUUAAAAUUACAGGGAGAAGAAAAAUAUUUAUUUUCACGUUAUUAUUAUCUAGCGUCUCAGGCUUCAUUCUCACUCAUGUUACAUCUCAUUACCUUAUAAUAGGAUUGUUCUGCAUAUUCAUUUUUUUUUGCGGAAUGAAUGUCACGGUAAUCAACAGUGCUGUGUGUGAUUUAAUUCCAACACAUUUAAGAGCGAUGGCAGUUUGCGUGGCGAUGAUGUUUGGGCGUCUUGGCAGUUCGGUUACAACCAAUUUAAUUGGAUACUUUUUGGAACGAAACUGUGAAAUGACCUACAACUUCCUCGCAGCUCUUGUUCUUGUCUGUCUUGCAAUAUCUUUCAUUCUACCCGAUAACAAAAAGCAAGAAAAGUUUAGCAAAGAAAGCUUUACAAAUUAAAGUGAAAUUGUAGUUGAAAUAAUCUUAGUUUUCAUUAAUCACUUGGGAAUUUUAGCUUAUGUUUGAAGAAUGUUUGGUUUGACCUAAUUCAACGGAAGUCUAGGUAGAAAGAAAAGCUUAUUAUGCACCUGGCAAAGGUGAUGACGAUGAUGAUGACGGUUUAAGUUUUACUUAUUUUUCCUGUUUUUAUAUUUUCUUCUCAUCAUCGCAGUAAUUAAACUUUGAAAUCUCCUUUCUUUAUUAAAUAAUGAAAAACGAGAGCAAAUUCACUCGCGUUGAGGAUAAAAAUCUCUUCGUAAUAAAGCAUUGCAGUGAAGUUUCGAGGCGCGAACUUUGAUUUCCUUUUUCAAUUUUUCUCAUACUCUGGAAUGGAAGUUGUCAUUUAUGAAUGAAAAAUUAGACUCAAACUUUCUCUCCCAUUUUCCUCUGUGCUUUGCUUUGAUAACGUUUUUUUAUUUUCUCCGGAAAAGCUUCGUGCUUGCACGCAAAUGGGAAAAAUGUUCUGUUCCGUUUUCAUUCGAUACGAUUAUGAGAUCAAGCACGAGCAUAAAUGAGAACGAGAGAAAAUUGGAAGAGUUUUUCUUCUCGUUGUGAGAUUAUUUUUUGGAAACUUGAGAUUUUCAGUCACUCAAUGGAAAGUGUUCGUUGAGUUCGGACGUAAUUUUCAGCUCUUCAUUUAAAUAUUUUUAACAUAAUUUCAAUAAAGUGAUUAAAUGUGAAAGAGAUUUAAAGUUGAUAUCUUAAAAUGUUUACAACAUUUCCAAAGUUUAAAUGACCUGUCAAAUAAAUAUAAAUUUAAUUCAAUUUUUCUUUUGAAAAUAUAUUUAUGCUAAUAUAAACUUUCUGUGUACGUAAAAAGAAAGAAAAAAAAGGAAAAUUUCCCAAAUCUUCAAAGUGUUAGUGAGCGAUUGUACUUGUGCCAUACCAGAAAUUGUGCUUUUUAUUUCGAGGAUUAAAAGGAAAAAUUACAGCAGAAACAGAAUAAUAAAAAAUUCUGGUUAGCUUUAAACGAACUUUCCAUCAUCUUUCAUUCCUUUCUUCGGAAUAUCUUCUAAAUUAGGCAUAAAAUGUUGCCAAGGUAGGA